AUGACACACGAUUCAGCCGUUCCAAAUGGGAACGGUCAUAUAGAUCACCCAACUGCGCACGCUCAGUCUACAAAUGGGCUAACGACUGUAGAUGGACUUAACUACGAUGGCCCGCCUGCGCCCAAAGCGGACGCGUCAGGCUACUCCAUACGCGAACAGCCGUAUGGCACCAAACGGCACAUGCGAGUCAUCCUCAUGGGAGCUGGUGCCUCGUCUCUGAACUUUUUCAAAGCAGCUGAACAGGAGAUGCAGAACCUGAAAAUCACGUGCUACGAGAAGAAUGCAGACAUCGGUGGCACUUGGCUCGAGAACCGAUAUCCAGGCUGCGCGUGCGACAUCCCCAGCGUUAAUUACCAGUUUAGCUGGAAGAUUAAGCUUUGGAGUCACUACUAUUCCUUUGCCCCAGAAAUCUGGGCGUAUCUCAAGGAAAUCGAGCAGGAGAACAAUUUCAUCGAGAAAUAUGUCAAGCUGAAGCAUAGAAUUGAAAGAGUGCAGUGGGACAACCAGAGCGCAGUGUGGAAGUUCAAGAUCCGAAACCUGGAUACGGAUGCGAUUGUCGAGGACGAGGCCGAGUUUUUCAUCAACGCUGGGGGAGUGCUGAACAAAUGGAAAUGGCCGGAUAUUCCAGGCUUGCAUGACUUCAAAGGGAAGCUUAUGCAUUCAGCCGCAUAUGAAGAGGGCUACCCUCUCGAAGGGAAAAAAGUCGCUGUCGUGGGAGCGGGCAGCAGUGGUGUUCAGAUUGUAGCAAACAUACAACCAAAAGUGCAGAAAUUGUAUCACUGGGUGCGAAGCCCGAUUUGGAUUACGGCUGGCUUCGCACAGCGGUGGGCGGGGGAGGAUGGUGCGAACUUCAGAUAUACCCAAGAGCAGCUGGACUUUCUCAGGGACAACCCGAAGAAGUACCUCGAGUAUCGCAAACAGAUUGAGAACGAGCUCAACCAAAGGUUCAAGUUCAUCAUCAAAGGCAGCGAGGAGGCAAGAGCAGCGCGUGAAUACAGUUUCAACGAGAUGCGCCGCAAGCUAAAGAACGAUGCGCGCUUGUGCGACAAGAUCAUCCCAAAGGAUUUCAACCCCGGCUGCAGAAGGCCUACUCCUGCCCCGGGAUACCUUGAGGCGCUGAUUGCGGAUAACGCGGUGAUCUUCACGGACGAUAUCAGCAGGAUAGAUGCUAGUGGCUUCGUCGAUCACGAAGGCAACCACCACGACGUGGAUGUGAUCAUCUGCGCCACGGGAUUCGACACGACGUGGAUCCCGCGCUUUGAAUUCAUAAACGGCGCCGGCAUGUCGCUGAAGGACCUGUGGGGGACGAAGGACGGGAUUUCGUCGUACCUCUCCGUAGCGAUCCCCACGUUCCCGAAUCACUUCACAUUCUGCGGUCCGUACGGGCCCUUGGGACAUGGCAGUUUCAUGCCCCUCAUCGAGCACUGGACACAGUACAUGUUUGAUGUCAUCCGCAAAGCGCAAAUCGAGAACAUCAAGUCGUUCACGCCGCGUAUGGACCUGAGCAACCAGUUCCGGCAGCAUGCAGACCUCUUCCUACAGCGCACCGCGUGGACAAGCCCGUGCCGGUCGUGGUUCAAGCAAGGCAAGAACGACGGCCAGGCUGUCAUCUACCCGGGCAGCCGGCUCAGCUUCCUGGAGCUGCUCCGGCGGCCUCGUUACGAAGAUUACGACAUCGAGUACUGGGAUCAGAACAGGUUCGCGUUCCUGGGCAACGGGUUUGAGACGAGGGAGUUUGACGGGAGGGACAUCACGAACUACCUAGGUUUGUUGGACGGCGUGGACGUGCAGCCGGAGUAUGACGAGAGCCUAAUAGACGUGCUCGGCGGAGUGCACGUCGACAGCAGUUACUACGUUAACGCGACCUCGUCGAGGAAGAAGGAAACCGUCCGUCCAGCUGGGAACUGA